GCGAAAUCUUCCAAAACAUAAACAGACAUAACCAGUUAUUAUUUUCUGCAUUAUUAAUCUUCAUAAUACCUAUAUUGAUUAUCCCUGUCUUUUGUCAGCUCCUGAUGGACCUGAGUGUGGUUUGUUCCUGGUGAAUUGCUAGCAGUCAAACCGGUUUGCCUCUUCGUUUUCGGCAAUAACCCGUAGUGUUACUGGCCAACCAAGUUCUCCGGUGAAUAUUACCAAAAACAGAUCGUUCGCCAAUAUCGUGCCUGAAUAGAUAACAAUGGCAAGGUAAAGAAGGGAAAGGGUAGCAACGGAACCGGUGGCGGACAACUUGUGCAUAAAUAUGAGUCAAUGGAGGCGCGCCCACUACAGUCCGUGAAACGAUUGCCAUCGACUCGACGCACUCUAUUACUGCAGACAAGACAAGUUCAGGCAGUCAGUUCAUUGGCCGCAGCGAAAGAAGAAAGUUUAAUUUGGACAGAUUUUCGGUGCUUCACACGAAAUUAGUUGGUGAAACACCUCGCACGAAUGACAAGAUGAAAAAGCGCUUUGCAGGGGAUGUUUUGGUUUUCAUCAGCUUGAUAGUUAUCGAAGCAGCAUUAUCACAAAAAUCAACAAGCACUCCCGUAUGGGGCUACCGGUGUGUGGACAGUCGCUGCGAGAAGGUUGCACUGGAUGCCAACGAUACACUGCAGAAAGCGGUCAGUCUGUCAGUGUGUCGUCUGUAUUGUAAUGAGAUUUUCGGAACGUUGUGGCCCCGUCCGACCGGAGAGUAUCGGCUCGGUAACAACUUGAUACACAUCAAUGCGUACGAUAUCCGAUACCAGUGGGAUAAAUCGUACGAGGUUUUGAGUAAGAACUGGGACGCCAGCGUGGAACGAUUCCGGGGUCAAUUGAUGAAUAAGGCUUCCGGAGAGGAGCAUAAAUCCGGGGGAAAGCGUAUGGUGGUGAAUGUGGCCGUCGACACGGAUUCGCUAGUUUUGAACCAUGGAACGGACGAGAGCUACAAGCUAGCAAUAACCGGUUCGGAGACCGGAGAUGUGUCGGUAAAAAUCAGCGCAAACAAUUAUUUUGGGGCAAGACACGCUUUGGAAACGUUGUCGCAGUUGAUUGUGUUUGACGAUUUGAGAAAUGAGCUGCAGGUGGUUUCAGAUGUUGAAAUUCAAGACGCGCCAGUAUUUCCGCAUCGUGGAGUAGCGUUAGACACAUCUAGAAACUAUGUCGAUUUAAAAUCUAUCAAACGGACGAUUGACACAUUAGCCAUGGUUAAGAUGAACGUUUUUCAUUGGCAUAUUACUGACUCGCAGAGUUUCCCGUUGGUAAUAAAAUCUCACCCGACUCUGCACACGUAUGGCGCUUAUUCUCGUAAGGAGAUCUACACGGCUGAGAACGUGGCAGAUGUGGUACAAUAUGCGCUGGCUCGGGGAAUUCGUGUCAUUCCAGAACUUGAUGCUCCGGCACACGUUGGAGAAGGAUGGGAAAAAACAAAUCUCACCAGCUGUUUCAACUUCCAACCGUGGGUCAAAUACUGUGUGGAACCACCAUGUGGUCAGUUGGACCCUACGAAUGAUAAGGUGUACGACGUACUGGAAGAUAUAUACCGUGAAAUGAACGUCAUGUUUAGUAACUCGGAUCUAUUUCAUAUGGGAGGAGACGAAGUGUCACUGAGUUGCUGGAAUUCCAGUGUUGAAAUUCAACAGUGGAUGAAAUCGAAAGGUUGGGGUCUAGAGGAAGCAGAUUUUCUUAAGUUGUGGAAUCAUUUCCAAAGCAACGCUCUUGAACGCCUCGAUAAGUCCCUGGGGGACAACCGCCCGAUCGUGAUGUGGACAAGCCAUCUUACCGAGGAUCCUUAUGUAGACCAGUAUCUUGACAAAAAUCGAUACAUUAUUCAAAUUUGGACCACUGGUGAUGACCCUAAACUUACGAAACUCCUUGAGAAGGGUUUCCGUGUGAUCAUUUCCAACUAUGACGCCCUCUAUCUAGAUUGCGGAUUCGCUGGGUGGGUUCAGGGUGGUAACAAUUGGUGUUCACCGUACAUCGGCUGGCAGAAGAUUUACAAUAACGAUCUUAAACUGAUGGGUGGCCCUUACUCUUCCCAAGUGCUAGGAGCCGAAGGUGCACUGUGGACGGAACAAGCCGAUCAGCUGACGCUGGAUGCCCGUUUGUGGCCCAGGCUAAGUGCGCUGGCAGAGCGACUCUGGACUGAUCCUCGCGGUGGCUGGGAGCUGGCAGAUUCACGAAUGCUGAUACACCGAGAACGGCUAGUUGAGAACGGUAUUGCUGCGGAAAGCUUGCAACCCAAGUGGUGUUUGCAAAAUGAGGGCAACUGCCCUAUGGAUCAAGGCAGGUUCUAGAAUUCUGUUUGAUAUUGUCCAUGCAGCUGUGAUUAUGAUUGAAAAAUCCGUCGCUUCGAAAGCAAACAUGCAAUAUUCAGUACUUGAUGACAGGUUUUAGAAUGGUUAUAACUUUCUUUUAAUAUUAAUACUCAAUCUUUAGAAUACUUACGAGGAAGAAAUAAAAACUAUUGGAAAGUGUCUUCCCUUUUAUAUAAAACGUUGGAGCAAAUUUACUAGAUGAAAUUUAUGCAGAAUAAAGAGAUUUUCUACCAGCUUUGAUUAUCCCUAAUAA